UGUCUUUAUCCAGUCUCACGCGCAUACGACACACACGCGCUCACUCCCCCUUACAUUACUUGCUUCAGUAGAGAAGAAGAAGAAGAGUGGAAAUUGCGAUACUCUUUCACCAAAUGUUGAACGAUCUAUCGUCGAUUUUGCCUUCAAACAAUGGCCAGAAGUUGGAUUGUUGAUGGUAGAGCUAUUGCAAGAAAGGUUAAAACUUGUAGUCUUCCUCUGGUAAAUCAAAUCAAAGACUGUGGAGCGAUUCGUGAAUGUCCAGAGUGCCAUUUCAGGAUUGAUAAUAGUGAUGUGUCAGUUGAGUGGCCUGGGCUUCCCAUUGGCGUGAAAUUUGAACCCACUGAUGCUGAGCUCUUAGAACAUCUAGCGACCAAAUGUGGCGCCGGGAAUUCAAAACCACACCAAUUUCUUGAUGAAUUCAUCCCUACACUUGAUGUAGAUGAAGGAAUAUGUUCCAAACAUCCUGAAAAUCUUCCUGGUGCUACAAAAGACGGAAACACUGUUCAUUUCUUCUACAGGACCACAAACGCGUACACUACUGGUCAAAGAAAACGUCGCAAGAUCUGCAAAGAAUCUGGUUUGACCAAAGAAGCUAGUUUGACCAAGGAUGUACGUUGGCAUAAGACUGGCAAGACAAAAGCCAUUAUGCAGAAUGGAGUCCAGAUAGGGUGCAAGAAGAUAAUGGUUCUUUAUGGGGUUGCUGGUGGGGGUUCGAAACCUUAUAAACUGAACUGGGUCAUGCAUCAGUAUCAUCUAGGAACAGUUGAAGAUGAAAAAGAGGGCGAGUAUGUAGUUGCAAAAAUAUUCUAUCAGCCACAGAAAGAUACCGAGAAAGUGGAUAAUAAGGCUGUAAUUGAGGAAUCAGAUGCAUGGAUGAAUUUGACUAGUCCAAGAACUCCAAUAACCGAUGCCCCUGAUCCACGUAGGCCUGUGAAACCUGUUUCUUGUGAUGAUGUCACCACUGAUCAUGUUGAAAUUAAGGAGAAUAUGGGGAUACCAAAUUGGGAAGAUGAUUCACAAGCGGUUGACUUAGAUGCAUUUGAUGACUCAUUGUUCUGUAAUGAGAAUCUUGAUACUUAUGACCCUGUUGCUGGCUCUAAUGUUAAUGCUGACUGUGCACCGGGAACCAGUAGGGGUGCGGGUUUUGGAGUUGACGAUCUUGAGAAUCUGGACUUGGGUACUCCACCUGAUUUCAACCUUGCGGAUUUGCACUUUUCAUCACAAGACAGCAUUUUCGGGUGGUUAGAGCGGUUGUAAAGCAUGGAAAUUGAUUUGGGCUAUUGAGGGACAUUUGUGUCUCUUUUUUGGUUAUUUAUGUUCAAAUCUUGAAAAGAAACUGAAGGUAUGAUGGAUUUCUCGUUUUGAAAUAGCUUUGUGAUGCUAGUAAACAAAGCAUUGAAGCAUGAUGAUCUAGUGUUGCGAGGAUCCGAUUUUGUUUAAUUAAUGCCUAUGGUCUUUUAACUUCUAUAUGUAUUGGAGAGCAAAUAUGUAAUGGUAACUUGUAACUCUUAUGGUUUAAGGGUGAUUAUACACUUAUUUUGGGUGUGUACAGUUUAUAAUUA